AUGGGAAACGUUCAGUCUCAUUCCAAGUUCUCCUUUCCUUCUGCCCUCUACCUGAGGGACCAAAGAAAAUUCAGCAUCUCCUCUCUGGUUAUCACCAACCGGAGUGGAGCUGUUAUCUUGGUGAUUUCACCAAAUGGCUACCCAGCAUCGCAGAUAUCUGCAAAGAGAGAUGCUGGUGAUAAUACGCCUAUUGAAUUCAUUCAGGACCCUGAUCCUCCCAAUAACGUCCUCAACAACAACCCGGGCCCGUCCUUUAUCUUGCGGCUAACCAACGAGGACGAGCUCCACUUCUGCUUUACUUUUGUCAUUCGACAAGAAAAGGGCCCAGCCGCCCCCAAGGCAACCACUGUCAAUGGAGUCUCUACUGCCCUCCCAACGGGCAUUGACAAUAUGGUCAAGAGUCUCACUUUUGCAUACGCUGCAAAUGCAAAGGAUCUUGAAAAUCUGGUCACGCAUGAAUUUCAUGCGGACCCGAAUAUCCAAAACAACAACGAAAACGUCCGCCAUAUUGGCACCUUCAACACUGGAGGGUCGCCAUCGGUGCAAUUCGACUGGUCGUGGAAAUGGAAGCCACCAGUCAAAAUCGAAGAGAAAUGCGGCGGAUGGCGCAACUGCUGCAGUUUUCUCGACUACGACGAGAGAUCCAACAGAUUGAACACCCUGGCCUGGUUCCAAUACUGGGUUCAAGGGCCCCCCAGGCCCUCAACAAGCCCAAGUUUCGAGUCGACCGGUUUUGAACUUGCCGUGCCACAGCGCAACCGACAGGUCUCAUCCCACUCGAACGUCUCUAGAACAAGUGACCCAAAUGAGUCAAACGACGAACUCGCCCCCGCGGCGCCCACUGUCGAAUACCAGGAUUGCUUUCGGAGAUUCACAGCGCACAACAGCAACAAUGCCGUCCAGAACGUGCAACCAUCCACCAGUGCGCUGGGAGGUCCCAAGGUGGAUGUCACCUGUCACCAUCCUGGCGAGGAUGUGUGCGCGGUCGACGACGGUCCCCUAUUCCGGGCCACCAUGAAAUCCCUCGAACAAAAGACUGGAAAUUUACGCACGAGAAUGAAAAAGCUGCUCAAAAAAGCCGAAGUAGCUUACCACGCUCGUAUCAGUUGCCAUGAUGCAAUUUACAACUUUAUCAAAACUCUCGGUGAUACUGCAAAGGCUAACGCACCAGCUAUACAGCCUGCGCUAGACCAUUACUUUAACCGUGCGGGGCGUGAGCUCCUCGAUGCCGAACGACUAGACGCCGAAUACAUGCAUGAAUUUGUCGUCAAACCUCUUUCGCGAUUUUACCACGUCGACAUGAAGCAAGCUGAUGCCAAGAAAAAAGAAUUCGAUGACGAGAGUAGAGACUACUACGCAUAUGCUAGCAAAUACCUCGGUCAACGACAGGAUUCCCUCAAGGAAAAGAAACGAGUCGAGAGCGACUCAAAAUACCAAAUGAAAAGACGCAAAUUCGAACUAAGCCGAUUCGACUAUUCCUCUUUCAUGCAGGAUUUAACUGGCGGAAAACGUGAACAGGAAUUGCUCGCCAGUCUCACCCAAUUUGCCGUUUGUCAGGCAAAUGCCCAUAUCUCAACUUCAAGGGGGGUUGAAGCCUUCCUACCUCAUCUUGAUGCUCUCGUCGAUGAAGUCAACAAGGUCGAUAAAGAGUUUAAAACUCAACGUACCGAGCGUGAAGAAAAGCGCAGACUUCUCGAGAGUAGCAGCAAGAAAUACAUCGAACCAGACACAGCCCAUAACCUCGGCCCAUCUCCACCUACUCCAGGUGGCAACAGCACUACAAAUAACAACACCACAUCCUACACGUCCGAUUCCGACCUUGGCCAUGCAGACUCGACUUUUCGUGGCUAUUCUGGCAAUACUUCGGGGCGAUCAAAUUCACCCAACGGAGGAGCGACGGUUCCUACCGGCUCCAACACCGGGCCUAUCUCUGCCACACAAAACCGCUUCAAAGGGUUUCGUGAUUUGGAAGAGCGCGAUAGCACCAGUAAGGCGGCCACAGAGGGAGCAAACGGGCAGCAAAAGAAAGAGGGGUUGUUGUGGGCUUUAUCCCGCCCUGGGUCGCAUAUGGACCCAAAAGGAAUCAACAAACAAGCCUGGCACAAAUUUUGGAUCGUGCUCGACCAAGGCAAGCUUUCAGAAUACAGCAACUGGAAGCAAAAGCUGGACUUGCACAUGGAUCCGAUCGAUUUGCGAAUGGCCUCUGUACGUGAAGCGCGCAAUGCGGAAAGACGUUUCUGCUUUGAGGUUAUCACGCCACAGUUCAAGCGAAUCUACCAGGCCACUUCUGAGCAGGACAUGGGAAACUGGAUCACAGCCAUCAACAACGCCCUACAGAGCGCUGUAGAAGGACGAGUUUCUACCCCACGUACCAAACAAACUACCACAAAGGAAAAACCAUCUGGACGCACAAUUGGAUCUGCCCUGACUGGCAAAUCCGCGUCUCCAUCUAAUUCAAACAGCAUGGGACGUCGAACAACAGUUGGCGCACGGCCCGGCUACAUGAGAAGUGGCAGCCAUGGCUACGACGACGAUCCCGCCAAAUUACUCCAAACCAUACGCGCAGCUGAUGAAGGCAACACCUGGUGUGCCGAUUGCUGCUCAACAUCAAAGGUUGAAUGGGUUUCCAUCAACCUCGGCAUAGUCCUCUGCAUUGAAUGCAGUGGAAUCCAUCGAUCCCUCGGAACACACAUCUCCAAAGUUCGAUCCCUCACACUCGACAUUCACUCCUUCUCCAACGACAUUGUGGAAAUCCUACUCCAAGUAGGUAAUCGAAUCAGCAACAUGGUCUGGGAAGCACAGCUAUCCCCAGGCAUCAAGCCCGGUCCAACAGCGACCAGAGAGCAACGUCUAAAAUUCAUCACCGCAAAAUAUAGCGAGCGUGCCUUCGUUCGCGUAAUUUCUCCCGAAUCACCCGAAUACAACACCCCAGUCGAAACACUCUUCAACGCCAUCGAAAUGAACGACAUCCAAGGCGUUCUUUAUGCCAUUGCCUUAGGAGUCAAUGUUAACGCCAUUGAUACCACCUGCAAAACCAACGCUCUCACUGCUGCUUUAGAUUCAGCAGAUCCAGCACCAGCUGUUUCUCCUCCAGCGAGCCCUAGCUUGGGCCGCCAAAGACCAUUCAUUCCGAGCCGUUCUUCCAGUGCUAGCGCCAUAGCUAAGCCAUUCCCCAUUGCCGAACUCCUUGUUCAGAACGGAGCUAUCAUGCCAUCAAAAUUGCCCACUUCCCCUCUCUCCGAAUCCGCGCAGCUUUAUCUCACCCAACGGAACGUUCGAUCCUCUCGUCUUGACGGUGGGGGUAGUAGCACCGGGGAUACCCUGAGUGCUCUACCUACUAUCCGCGGACUUGAAGGUAACGGUUCGUCCAUGCCGGUCGACAGCAAAGAACGAGAGAGACUUCACAAACGAGGCAGUGCCGGAGCUCGAUUUGCAGGAAAGGUGUCGGUGUUUACCCCAUAA